AUGGCCACUCAGGCUGUGUCGAGACACCAUGGCAAUCGACGCCGUGUCAACGUCCUCCUGUACAUCACCGAAAAGAUUGGCCCCGAAAUCCUUCCCUUCCUGCUUCAAAAUCCCGACCUGAAUCUUCGAGUUAUUUCUGAAUACUCCAAAGAGGAAUACUAUCAACAGAUGGAUCCUGCUAUAAGUCUUGACAAUGUUCAAUGGUACCAAAAUUCUCCCCAGGAUCCGUACAGGAAUCAAUACAAAAUGCUGGGCCACCGACUCGCGAGGUGGGCUGACCUCUUGUGUAUCGUUAUGGACGUUGGCAUGGUCCCCCUGAUGUUAAGCGGCUUCACAACCGAUGUCAUUCUUCACGUUCUGAGGUGUUGGGAUGUGUCUAAGCGCAUCACUAUGUUACCCGAGAUGAGUGUUGAUGAAUGGAAUCAUCCUACUUGGAAGAGACAAUUGUCCAAAAUUCAUCGCAAAUGGGACUGGGUCCAUGUUCUCACUCCCGCUAUAUGGGACUUGGCUGAAGAGCCGACCAAUCUCACACAACCUGGCCCAAAUCCCCAAGGAACAAACGUAUUGCCCGAAAUCGAUUGGCGGUGGGAAGGCCCCGAAGAAAUACUCGAAGCGAUCCAUAGCGAGGCACAAACCAUCCUUCGUUCAAAUCGACUCAAGACAUCCCACAGUCUAAUACCACAUCUGUCCACCUCUAAUACCGAUGAAGAAGCGGAUAAACCCAGCCUCCCCGUCGAAGUUUGGACCAUCAUUCUUGAUCAUCUGGGCGAUUGGGAAUUGGCAACAGCUCUGGGCAUUUAUACCCACCUACCUACACCACAUGAAUGGGCCUCCCUUGUCCCAAAAUCGGGUUCAUCACGCCGCACACUCGAGUACACCAUUUUGACUCAAUCCAUCUCUCAGGUCAAAGCGUACUUCCAAAACAAUACAAACUCACAGCCACCCACCACUUUAUCUCAGACCGCUACAAAAUUGAUAUUUCGGUUCAGUCUCACAGACCUACUGACAUAUCUUGCCUUACACCAGAAAGAUAUAUUCUGGACGAGCUUCGGCCUCGCCCUCCUUCCUCAUAAAGCCUCAUUAAUCUACAAUUCACCUACCAUCCUCCAAUGGUGGCGUGAUUGCCCCGCAGUGAUUAAGAAGGAAUACGGCCCAGAAGCUAUGGAUGGUGCAUCCCGUGCCGGAUUCGUCGAGGUUUUGGAUUGGUGGUUAAAUUCUGGCCUGAAACUCACCUAUACAGAGAAAGCUCUCGAGUCCGCCAGCGCCAAAGGCCACGUCGAAGUCCUCGAAUGGUGGCGAGUGAACUCCUUGAAAUUCGCUGGUGCAAUUGGUCGCGAACUCCCCCUGAAAGUCGGCAAAUCCAUUCUCCUGGCAGCCCAAUCCGGCCGUACCAACAGCAUUGAAUGGUGGGAAAACUCAGGCAUUCCAUAUGCACACGAAGAUGGCGUUUCCAGACUCGCGUCACAACACGGCCAUGUCCCCGUACUGGAACUAUGGCAUAGCUUCAAGGGAAGUAAGAUGAUAUUCGACAACCAAGUCCUCGUUGGCGCGACAAAGAACGGCCAUGCCGGCGUCCUGCAGUGGUGGAAGGACAUUAGCCGCAAAAGCGGCUUGCGGGUCGAAUACAAAACGUGCGAUAUCGAGGAGGCAAUGGAGGAUGCGGUUGGAGGCGGUGGUGAAGGUGAGGUUAGAGAGUGGUGGGGACGCAAUGGCUUGAAUCUCGGCGUCGGCACGGGAGAGUGGAUGCGGGUCAAGACUUUGUGA